UUUCUGUUGCAUGUUCUAGAUGGAAGAGUUUCUGAAGCUGGGAGAUGACAUAUCUGACGCUACUUUAGAUGACAUUAUUAACUCCCAAAAGCCAAAUCAAUGCUGUGUGCUAAUAUAUACAUCAGGAACAACUGGGAAGCCAAAAGGAGCUAUGCUGAGUCAUGACAAUAUAACUUGGACGUCAGCACAUUGCAGCAGAGCAGGAGAUAUGCAACCCGCAGAGGUCCAACAGGAAUCCAUAGUCAGUUAUCUUCCACUCAGCCACAUAGCUGCACAAAUAUAUGACCUGUGGACUGGAAUCAAAUGGGGAGAACAAGUUUACUUUGCUGAGCCAGAUGCUCUGAAGGGCAGUUUGAUCAACACACUGAAAGAAGUGCAACCAACAUCUCACAUGGGAGUUCCCAGAGUAUGGGAGAAAAUCAUGGAGAAAUUAAAGGAUGCGUCUGCUCAGUCAGGAUUUGUGAAGAAGAAAAUGCUGUCGUGGGCUAUGUCAGUGAGCUUAGAGAGAAACCUGAACUGCUCAAGCAGCAGUGACUUGAAACAGUUUUGGACAAGGCUCGCAGACUACUUGGUGCUUGCUAAAAUACGCAGUGCACUGGGUUUUUCUAGCUGUCAGAAGCACUUCUGUGGUGCUGCUCCUCUCAAUACAGAAACACUGUAUUUUUUCUUGGGUCUGAACAUCACCCUGUAUGAAGCCUAUGGCAUGAGUGAGACUACAGGUCCGCAUUGCCUCUCGGGGCCAUAUAACUACAGGCAGCACAGCUGUGGUAAACCAGUACCUGGCUGCAGAGUGAAAUUAGUGAAUGAAGAUACAGAAGGCAAUGGAGAAAUCUGUUUCUGGGGAAGGACUGUUUUCAUGGGUUAUUUAAACAUGGAAGACAAAACAAAAGAAGCCUUUGAUGAGGAUGGAUGGCUGCAUUCUGGAGAUUUAGGAAAACUAGACAAGGAUGGCUUUCUCUAUGUCACUGGAAGAAUUAAAGAUUUGAUUAUUACAGCUGGAGGUGAAAAUGUGCCUCCCAUUCCAAUCGAAGAUGCUGUUAAAAAAGAGCUCCCAAUUGUUAGUAACGCCAUGGUGAUUGGAGAUAAAAAGAAAUUUUUGUCCAUGUUGCUGACCCUAAAGUGCAUCCUGGACCCAGAUACAUCGGAUCCCACUGACAUCCUCACUGAACAAGCUAGAGAUUUCUGCCAAAAGAUCGGCAGUAAAGCCACUACAGUAUCAGAGAUUGUAGCUACAAAGGAUCAGGUGAUCUACCAGGCCAUUCAGGAGGGAAUCAACAAAGUCAACAUGAAUGCCACUAAUAGGGUUCAUUGCAUUCAAAAAUGGAUAGUGCUGCCAAGAGACUUCUCUAUUUCUGGGGGAGAACUAGGUCCCACCAUGAAGUUAAAACGGCUCACUGUGCUUCAGAAAUACAAAAAUGAAGUGGACUCCUUCUAUGAAGAGUAAGAAGCCUUUCAUCGGAGCAGUAAGAAAGAUCUGUAGGCUACAGGAAGUAUUUUCCUAAUCAAAAUCAUUAAGGAAAACUUAUGCUUGUUUUUAUUUUGUAGUCUGUGGAAUCAUGCACUAGAAAACUGCUAUGUUAAUUUAGAUAUUCCCAAUACUCACUUGAUAGUUUGUCCUGUUCUGUACAGCGUGCCCAUUUUAUAAUAUGUAUUUUACAUUAUGCCCUAAAUGAGAGAGAUUAAUGAUAUCCUCAUAGGUUGUGUGAAGUGAGUAUCAGUUCUCUAAAGUGAAACAGAACAGUGAUCUGCCCUUAUAAUUUGUUUGU